GCCCGCCCGGGGGCCGCCGCGCCUGCGCGCCUCCGCGGGAUGUGGCCAUCCACGUCCCCCACCUCGUGGAGGUGACUUUCUUCCCACAAAGCCCCGGCCGGGGACCCAAUCAAGGACAGGGACCGAAUAGCUGAGAAGCGGGAAAUGUCUGCUUAGUGCCCGUAGUUAACAUGGCGCCUGGCGCCUUCAGAGCCCAAGGAGGCCAAGUGAAAGCACGCCCACCACCGCCACUGAUACCCCUGCCACCAUGGACGACGCCCCGCCGCCCGCACCCCAAGCCCCGGUCCCUGUGGCGGCUCAGGCGCCAGCGCCCCCGGCCGCCACCCCCCGGGUCCCAUUUCACUGCAGCGAGUGCGGCAAAAGCUUCCGCUACCGUUCAGACCUGCGGCGCCACUUCGCCCGCCACACGGCGCUCAAGCCCCACGCGUGUCCACGCUGCGGUAAGGGCUUCAAGCACAGCUUCAACCUGGCCAACCACCUGCGCUCGCACACUGGGGAGCGCCCCUACCGCUGCUCCGCCUGCCCCAAGGGCUUCAGGGACUCCACCGGCCUGCUGCAUCAUCAGGUCGUCCACACCGGAGAGAAGCCCUACUGCUGCCUGGUCUGCGAGCUGCGCUUCUCCUCGCGCUCCAGCCUGGGCCGCCACCUGAAGCGCCAGCACCGCGGUGCGCUCCCGGCCCCGCUGCGCGCCCCGCUGCAGACCAACCCUGGCCUGCCGGCCCUGGGCGCCCCUUGCGCUGUCUGCUGCAACGCUGGGCCCUGCUCAGUGUGCGGGGGCGCAGGAAGCGCAGGAGCUGGUGGCGGCGGUGGUGGCGGCGGCAGCAGCAGCAGCAGCGGCGGAGGCGGAGGAGGAGGAGGAGGAGACGGCGCGGAGGCCCCGGGCCCGGCCAGCUGGGGCCUGGCGGAGGCGGCGGCCGCGGCCGCGGCAUCACUGCCCCCGUUCGCCUGUGGCGCCUGUGCCCGGCGCUUCGACCACGGGCGCGAGCUGGCGGCGCACUGGGCAGCGCACACCGACGUGAAGCCCUUCAAGUGCCCGCGCUGCGAGCGUGACUUCAACGCGCCCGCGCUGCUGGAGCGGCACAAGCUCACGCAUGACCUGCAGGGCGCCGCGCCACCGCCCGGGCACGUCUGGGGCGCGGGGCUGGAGGUUGGAGGCGAGGGCUUGGGGCUGGAGGUGGGCGUUGGCGGCGAGGGCGCUGGGCCGGAGGGCUCGGCCCCCUCUGCCUGGGGGGGCGCCCUGCUCCUUGGCCCGCCUGGUGGCGGCGGCGGUCUGGCCGAGCUGGGCGCCCUGCUUCCAGAGGGUGUCGCUGAGGUCCCCACCGAGCCCCUGGAGGACACCCUGUACCAGUGCGACUGCGGGACCUUCUUCGCCGCGGCUGCCGCCCUGGCCGGGCACCUGGAGGCACACGCGGGCCCCGCAACCUACGGCUGCGGGCACUGCGGGGAGCUGUACGCGGGGCUGGCCGCGCUGGAGGAGCACCGGCGGGUGAGCCAUGGGGAGGGCGGCGGGGGCACGGAGGCGGAGGCGGCCGAGGGCCCUGCGGCGCCUGGGGAGCCCGGGGAGCCCGCGCCCAGCGCGGGCCGCAGCACCAAGAAGAUUUUCGGCUGCUCCGAGUGUGAGAAGCUGUUCCGCUCCCCGCGCGACCUGGAGCGGCACGUCCUGGUGCACACCGGGGAGAAGCCGUUCCCCUGCCUGGAGUGCGGCAAGUUCUUCCGCCACGAGUGCUACCUCAAGCGCCACCGGCUGCUGCACGGCCCCGAGCGGCCCUUCCCCUGCCACAUCUGCGGCAAGGGCUUCAUCACGCUCAGCAACCUCUCCCGGCACCUGAAGCUGCACCGAGGCAUGGACUGACGGGCCAGCCCGGAGGCCCGUCCCGCCCAGAGACCGCCCCCCCCCCCCCCCGGC